AUGUUUUAUAGAUGGUUGAAACAAAGUGAGCGAACAUUUCCGAACCCUGAGUCAUUUCCAUGUUGUCUUUCGACUGUUUCAGAUAAAGAGAAUACGCUUGUAAAAGAACAAAAAGAAUUUGAAAAAUCAUUAUUUACUAAAACAUGCAAAGGUUCAGAAGAUGUUAUUCUUCUUGAUAAUUUAACAAUCGCCUAUCGAAAUAAUGUUGAUCUAUUUUUUAAUGUUGUUGAUAGUACAAAUGAAAAUGAACCAUUGGCAAGUUUAUCUAUAUUUCAUCCAACGUUUCGUGGUCUUUGCAAUAAUUUUGGGUAUGUUGUUAUGUUGAGUGCUGCUCAUGAUAUUUUGAAACAAGAAGAGAGUGAUAAUUCAACUCAACCAGUAUCACAUAAUACAACAAAUCAAUUUGAUUGUAAUCCAAUAUCGACAGGAACUAUUCUACUAGCAGAUAUUUUACCAGCAUUGGUUAUUAAAAUAACAGCUGCAUUUUUUAUGCACAAAAUUUUAUAUAAUAUUCGUUUUGUAUUGAUUGUAUUAUUUGCUGCUGGUGCUUUAAUUAUUGUUAGUAUUUCAAAAGUAAUUGCUUUAAGUAUAUUCGGUGUUGUUUGUGCAAGCAUCAGUGCAGGUUUUGGUGAAAUUACGAUGUUACAAUUAACAUCGUUUUAUGAAAAAUAUACAGUCAGUGCAUGGUCAAGUGGUACAGGUGCUGCUAGUUUAUUAGGGGCUCUUUCUUAUGCUGGACUAACAAGUUUACUUAAACUAAGUCCUAGAACUGCUAUUCUUAUAUUACUUUUUAUACCUGUUCUUCAAGUUAUCAGUUAUAUUAUGGUUGGAGCUAGUCAAACUGCUGCAAAGCAUAGAGAAUAUCAACAAAUAAGUUCACACAUUGUUUUAAUUAGACGAUAA